CCAAAUAUUGAGUUUAGCUUCAUUGACAAGUUGUAACCGUGUGACACCGUGUGUGCUAUGUAUUUAUGUGAAUAAUUUUUGAAAUACUGAGGACAACAUACACUUAUUUUUUAUGUCUCUGGCACCGAUGCCAAGGAGAAAGAAAAUGAUGGUGACCUUUCACAACAGGUGUUUACAAUCGCAGACAGGUCGGGGCGUUGUUUGUCAGGGAAAGUCGUUUGUCUACACAGGCCGACAGAGGUGAGCAGUCACAGGUGUACCCACUCCCUCUCUCCCUCCCAGUACCCGCCUGUAGCCGGAGCCAGGCUGGGGUGUGUGUGGCUCCAGCAUCGCGAUGCCAAGUUGCAGCCGGCCCAUCGCAAUGGGGACUGCGGCGCAGAUGGCCUGAACUCCGCCUGUGGCUUCAACAGUCAGUGGAGACUGCAGCACGAGAAAAAGUGGGAGCGAUGCUGCUUUUGAUAAAAUGUGCGAUUCUUGUAGGAGUUCUGUGGCAAUUAUCUCAUGGCCAGGAAGCUCCUCGAAUCACAUCACUACACGCGUGCACGGAUAUAAAAUACCGCUUCGCCACUACGCGCAUCACAAGUCACGUGAUAAAUCCAACCAAUCAAACGCGAGAGGCUGUUUUCGAUAUCACCUUACCGAAUGAUGCCUUCAUCUCAAACUUUACGCUCGGCCUGGGUGGCGAGGUGUACGUGGGGGUGGUGGAGGAGCGGGACUCCGCCCUCAACAAGUUCGCUGUUGACUCCGUGCAGGGACGGACCAGCGGUGGGCAGGUGACACAAAGACUCCGAGAAACAAACACUUUCCGAGUUUCCCUGCAACUGGCGCCUCAUGAUGGAGUGACCUUUAACCUCACCUACCAGGAAAUCCUUGAGCGCCGACAGGGCACGUACGACCACGUGCUGUACAUCAACCCCGGCCACCCAGUGGACGACAUGCGGGUGGACGUGACGAUAGAAGAAAACAGAGAGAUAACCUUUCUGCACGUGCCGCCAAUCAGAAGUGGACUUCUUACAGACGCGCCAAAGACAGACACCAACAGUCUGGUUCGGAUACUGAGGCCCAACGCGCGCCAGGCGCACGUGAGUUACCACCCGAGUGUCCGCCAUCAGCAGCUGCAGGGCGCCUCCCGCCACGGACUGUCCGGCCUCUUCACUGUCCACUAUGACGUCAGCAGAAGGCCAGACGCCGGCGAGUUAUUGAGCGUCAACGGCUACUUCGUGCACUUCAUCGCACCCAACAUCUCUGAGCCGCUACCCAAGGACGUGCUCUUCAUCCUGGACACAAGCACCUCCAUGAUGUGGCAGAAGUUAGAGCAGCUACAAGAUGCCAUGAGGGUCAUCCUGCAGGACUUGACACCACGUGACCGAUUUGCCUUGAUGCAGUUCAACUCGCAGGCUACGUUCUGGCGCCGGGAGCUGCUGGCCGUGACACCGGAAAACAUCAAAGCGGCUUUGAACUACGUCAGCACGCUCAAGGCUCAUGGCUACACCAACAUCGACUCGGCCUUUGCACGUGCCUUGCGCUUCUUGAACGAAGAGAGCACAGUCAAGGGAGAGAACACUUUGAUUAUCUUCCUCACCGAUGGGCGACCCACCCGGGGUGAAACAAGUCGCGAGGCUAUUUUAAGCAACGUACGUCAGCAGAACCUCAAGAACAUCACUGUGUACGGACUGGCCUUCGGACAGGACGCCGACUGGCCGCUGGUCAAGCGCCUGGCCUCCCAGACAGACGGAGUGGGCCGACGGAUCUACCAGGAUGCUGAUGCGGCUCUACAGAUUCACGGCUUCUACUCUGAGGUGUCCAGUCUGUUGCUGACUCGAGUGAAGGCGUUGUAUGUGGAGAACGAAGUGGAGGGGGAGAGCCUGACCAAGACCUUCCUGAACAAGUACUUCAAUGGUUCGGAGCUGCUGGUGGCUGGCAAGCUCAUCAACCUCAAUCAGACCUCCCUUAAGGUCCUCGUGCAGGCCACGGGGUCAACAGGCAAUAUCAAUCUGACCGUGACCCCUGAACCCGACGUGCCCGAGCUUGACCUGGCGGCUUCGUGUCGGCUGAUGAGUGUGGAAGACUUGGCUCAGAUCGCCGAGAAGAUGUGGGCGUACCUGACCAUCCGCCAGAUGUUGCAGAGGAGAGUCGGCGAGGACGAUGAAGACGUGCAGAAGAAACAGGAGCUGAAGGCCAAGGCCGUGCAACUCUCCCUGAAGUACAAGUUCGUCACCCCAGUGACAUCCCUGGUAGUUAGGAAACCAGACACCGAGGAGCUGGCCUACCUGCAGGAAGAUGACAGCGACAUUAUCGACGACGCAGAUCUUCCUAAACGGACUUCAGAUCUGCCAAGGGCUCAAGAAACUGAGUUGCAGGCCAACACAUCAGAAAGGUUAACACAACGACCCACAGGGCUGGACGAUGGGGCGGUAGGCGGAGGCGACCCACACUUCAUGAUCGAGUCCGGUGAUCUCCCUUACCCACUCUGCUUUGAUGUCAGCGGCCACAGCGGGGAUGUCUUCCAACUUCUAAGAGACCCUGUCACAGGUUUAACGCUCAACGUGGAAGUCGGGGAAGGUCCGAGUGUCAGUCCCGCUGGUCGCAACAGAACUUACCUGGUGAAGGCGGCCAUUCUGUACCAAGACGUCAUCCUCGACGUGACGCUGACGCACGUGCACGUGAACCACGUGGUGAUGACGUGGAACAACACGUUGUCGCUGCGCGCGCCCGGCGCGUGGAUCAUCCUGACAGGCCAAUCGCUGCGCUUCUCACCGGACGAGGGCGUUGAGAUUGACGUCACCAGGCAUGCGCAUAGCAAAGGCAACGAGCCUGGCUUCCUGAACGUGGAGAUUCAGAACGAGGCUAAGCUAUCGCCUGCGUCAUCUGGACUUCUGGGUCAGUUUGUGCACAAAACCAUUCAUCUGCACAAAAUGAAGAGGAGAGACAGGCGGUUUGUGGCAGAAGUGGACAUCUACAGCAAUAACAUCCUGCGCCAUGGCCGGGCCGUGGUGAAAAACCGAAAAGACCCUUUCUUUGACCGCCUCGCUCCAUGUCUGAUGGUGGACACUACGUGGUCCAAAAUUCUGGACCACCCAACGAGCUUUUACCGCGUGCCUCACAUUCACUCACUGUGAGAGGGAAGCCAGUGAGGACUGACAUGCUGGAAACCUUAUAAAGUUUGACAGCAGGUCGGGUAGAUGUGUAUUGUCUCCACUCUUCCACCCACACUAUGGUUUUGUACAACGACUCUGCCACGUGGUUAAAAUAUAUUUGCUCUACACCUCCGUGUGAUCGCUCUGUGGGUCUUUACACUGACCAUUACUUUUUACUACGAAAACCCAAGUCUGGAGCUCUGACUAUCUGCACACGAACUACUGUGAUUGUUAGUGUAUUCUGUCAGAAAUGAUGACAGACAAGUCUACCUGUGCCUAUGUCAGCCUGCGCAAAGAAUGACAAAGGUAGUCAUCGCACAGAGCGGGAAUGUUUCUAUGAACGAUGUUUAGUUCACCUUUGACUAAAAUAAUCAGUGUUGGAGUCACCUGAACUGACUGUCAGUAGUUCUCUGCCAUUUUCCAAGACCUAUGACAUUAUCAGUCUUUACCUACCAGGUGUAUGUCGAUGGGCUACAGACAUCUUGUCAAGUGCACGGACAGUUCUCCAAUAAGCCUUUGGUCAUAAAGAUGAAACUCAAAUCCUUCUCUCACAUGAAAAA